GUAACUGGAAGCGGUAGUUGGUCCGACAGACUGCGCUCUAAAACACCGUCGAAACACGGUAAAAGACGUGAUUUGCAAACCUUAAAGAAAGCACAGCUUUCGCCAUGGCGCGGGCUGUGUGGGCGGUCCUCCGGGUGCUAUCCAGGGAGGGAGCCGCUGUGCUGAAAUCAAACGCACCUUGUGCCGCCACAGGAGCUUUACGGAGAUCCAGACCUGCGUGCGCAGCUGUUACUACCUGCGGCAGAGCGAUAUCCAGUGAAGUUAGACAUCUGCAGUCUGCAGCCAGAAUGCCUGAAGUAACCACCGAUCACCUGGAUGAGAAGCAGGUGCAGCUUCUGUCCGAGAUGUGCAUCCUCAUCGACGAGAAUGACCGCAAGAUCGGAGCGGACACUAAGAAAAACUGCCACCUCAACUCCAACAUCGACAAAGGUUUGCUGCACAGAGCUUUCAGCGUCUUCAUUUUCAACAGCGAGGAGAAGCUGCUUUUACAGCAGAGGUCUGACGCCAAAAUCACUUUUCCAGGUUGCUUCACAAACACAUGCUGCAGUCAUCCUCUACACACAGACAGUGAGCUGGAGGAGAAGGAUGCAUUGGGGGUGAGGAGAGCUGCUCAGAGGAGACUCGGAGCAGAGCUCGGUAUUCCCAUGGAGCAGGUGACUCCAGAUGAAAUGACGUACCUAACAAGAAUCCAUUACAAGGCCCAGUCCGAUGGGGUUUGGGGAGAACAUGAAAUUGACUACAUCCUUUUUGUGCAGAAGGACGUGGACUUGAAUCCAGACCCCAAUGAGAUCAAAAGCCACUGUUAUGUAAGCAAAGAAGAGCUGAAGGAGAUGUUGGGGAAGGCCAAGCGCAAAGAACUGGAGAUCACGCCCUGGUUCAGUCUCAUUGCAGAAACCUUCCUCUUUACGUGGUGGGACAACCUGCAGAACCUCAAACAGUUCAUGGAUCACCACAAAAUCCACCGCAUGUAAUUACAACCAGUAUCAGGCUCCUCCUCCAGCAUUUCAAGCUCUUUGAUUUAUGCAGAACUGACAUAAAAAUACAGUUGGCUGAGCUGCCGGAGACCUGAAAAUAAACCUCCACUCAAGAUGUGAGGUUUCCACUGGCUACUUUGGAGAAGGUGUAGAGCUUCUGCACUAAAACACAAAGUAAAGAAUGUCUUAGUCAUGUGAUCUAUAAGGUGAUUUACGUAGGUUUGUAGCACUGAGAUGCAUCCAUCUUCACGGUAGAUCAGAUGUUUGCUGUAGUGCUCACGUGUCAUCUUUCAGGCAAUAGUUCAGAUAAGCUGGGUUCACGGCCUGAGCAGAAGGUGAUGUCAGCAGGAAAUGUGACACUAAUUAAGAAGAGCUCCACAAAAGCAGUAACCUAUUUUUAUAUAAAAAUAAAAAGUGCCUGAUUAUAGGUCGUUAGCUUGAGGGGAUUAGUAUCUCUAAGUCACAACUGCUAUCACUCUACAUUGUUGACAGUGACAUCAGUGAACAAGCUGUAUCUUUUUACACUUUUACACAAUAAAGUAUUUGUGUGAAAUUUGCACGAGCAUUUAUUUUUUAAUUUUAGAGAAAAAAUCAGGUUUAUAAAGUCCUGAGUUGAGCUUUUUGAAACCAGACCUCAACUGAAGUGGUUAGGUCUGACUGAGAAGCCAAGCGAGUGAUUAUACUGUGGUGAUUUGGCAAUAUCGUGGGAGGUAUGCCCUUAAGUAUACUUUGCUUUAUAAUUUCUUUGACUCACGGGGGGAAUGUAACUCACAAAAUGAACGUGUUAUUCAAUAAGACUUAAAUCUAGAGAAUGCUGAUAUGUGAAUAUUUUUUUUUAGCUGAAAUCCUGUAAUUGGUGAAUCUUGAAUCAUUUACUUUGUGGACAGAAAAACACCUUCGUAGACUAGGGUCACUUUUCUUAAUGUGGAACUUUGUGGAAUAUUUCAGUACUGAAUUUUCUGCUUUUAGUUGUAUUUAACAACUGAAAAUAUGGCAACACUGAGAAGACAAAUCAUUAACAGUGUGUUGUCAGAUAGAGGUGCAGGUGUUGCCGUCUUAGUUCUCUUUCUAUAGAAAAACUUCAAAAACCUGACUCAGUUCUUCUGACCAUUUCUUGUCUGAGGUUCAGACCAGGAAGAAGGAACUUUAAUAUUGAACCUGAAGUAUGAUCCUCCCGCCCACCAGGGAAUAGCUCCCAGCUGUAGGUUCACGUCCUGCUGAACUCACAGAGCAGCAAACCAGUCCAGAGACAGACUCUAAUGUAGCAUCACUUUCAUGGGUCACUCCUGAGAACCAUAACGAUUGUGGCCUCUCUAAACAUCAGUAACUAAGAAAACGCAUCAGUAGGUACCCUAGUAAUUAAUUACUUAAUUAUUUAGGGUAUUAUUGUUAUUGUGCUUUAGACUCUACAGAUUACACAGACGUCUCUCCCUAUGGACAGUUUAAAGGGCCAGCUUAUCCAAAUGACCAAAGCUCUAUAUACCACAUGCUGUUGGGCUUCAAAUGUAUGCAUUAGUCCUCUCCACAGUCCAGUGUAUGUAUGUAUGCCAUUGUUGUACUGCUCAAGUUCACGCAAUUUUUGGAGAGUAUUUGACAGUUUUUGUUCCAGACUGUGAUACAACAGUAACAUUUCAAUGGAAGCAAGUAGAGUAAUCUACAAACCCAUCAGGGUAGGUGAGUUUUUGUUUUUACUGCAUUUUAACAGUUUAAAGUAUUUGAUGUAGUUUUCAAAGCUGACUGAGAAUCAGGUUAAGUAACAAUGAGUAACUUCUUAUUUCCUUGACAGAUGUUGUUCAUUUACGACACAGCUGUGAAAAUCUGUUGGUAUCUUCCCGACUAGAAAACUCCCAAGACUUGUAAUAAUUUGGAGAUGUUUUUCAUUAUGUUCACAUAAUAUCUGCACUGUAGAUGUGUUUUCUGUUCCAGGUGUGGGCAGUGAAUGUCAUUAAUAAAAUGAGGGACAUAGAG